UGUUAUCAAAUUAUAUCGCAUCUGCGAAUCUGCGAUCUAGGUAUCUAGACUCUACCAUGGUUCUUUUCUUUUGUUUUCACUAGUUUUCACAUAUAUUUUACCUCUUUUCGGAAAUUAUUAUUUUAAUUGUUGCAAUUAUUUUCAAAUUUCAAUUUCUUUCUUGUAGAUUCAAUACCUAUUUGAAAUUGGGCCGAUUGAUCGAUCGGUAUUUCGAUUGUUAAUUUUUUAAAUCUAGAAGCAAUUUUGACGGCGAACCCGAGUACACAUCUACAUCCGCAUCCGAAGCGGUACAUACAACGUUUCAACGUAUCAACGCGUUAUUAAUGAUGAAGAAAUAGCGACGGGUCGAGUGCUGAUUUGCAUUUAUCUGCGGUAAACGACGGUGAAUUUGGAUCGUAGUGCGCAGUACGGAAAGGAAACAUAUCAUUCGAGUGUGUUAAUUUGAUGGGAGAAUGCCGAACGUAGCGGCGGGCCUCGGAUUAUUGGGUUUGGGCGUUAUGGUUGUCGUUGCUGUCGGCACGAUCGCUUACUCUUUGUUCUACGAUCAACCGCAUCAUAAUCAUCAUCACGGUGACGGCGAACGAUAUUCGUACGAGCGGGGCAACGAAGCUCAUUCGCCGCGGAAUUCGUCGACAGUUACAAAACCAACGAGAAGAAAGAAAAAGGAGCGGGACAAUUCGUCGGAAUUCACAGGAAGCGAUUCGUGCUCGAUUUGUAAAGAUGUCAUCAAGACGGACGCGCUAAAAAAGUUGCCGUGUUAUCAUUGUUUCCACCACCAAUGUAUAUACGACUGGUUCGACAUAAGCGCUAGCUCAGUUUUUGGAAAAAUUACCGGUACGUGUCCGAUGUGUAGAAAACCAUUUUCAGCCGAAGAUUUGAUAUGAAAAUAAUGCAGAUUACCUACUCGUAUGUUAGAGAGAGAGAGAGUACCUCUUCAAAUCCACGCUCCGCACGCGUCAUUACGGCAAUUUUGUACAGAAAAUAUAGAAGAAAGCGAUUCUGUGGUAGAUUUUUUAGUGUUUUUUUUCCUUCUCUCGGUCUCUCUGUUUUUUAGAUUGAUAGUCGAUACUAUAUAGAUAGGAUAGAAUUUUGUGUAAAUUUAUCUAGUUUUAAUUUCUAUCCAACUGUGCCUUUUUUUGUUUUGUUUUUGCUGUUGUUAUCGUUGUAAAUUAAAUUCUCGUAAUUUGCGUA